AUGUUUAUCACGCUUGAAGAACAUUAUAUGUCCCCCGCAGUGCGGGCGGCUAAGGCGGGGAGCGAGAUGUUCGACUUCCCACAGGACCUCGUAAGAAAGCUCGAUACCCUCGGAGCGGAGCGGAUACAGGAUAUGGAUAAUGGCAGGGUAUCGGUCCAGGUCAUUUCCCAUGGCCCCGGGGACCGAUCGCCAGAACUCUGCGUCGCAGCAAACAAUGGCCUCGCGACCGCCAUUGCAAAAUAUCCAUCUCGACUCGCAGGCUUUGCCAUGAUCCCCAUGCGCGAUCCCACUGCUGCAGCGCAUGAGCUCGAGCGAUGCGUCCGAAGCCUGGGAUUUGUCGGCGCGCUGAUUGACAAUCAUCAGAACGGUCAAUUCUAUGACAACGAGAUGUUCUGGCCCGUGUUCGGGAAAGCCGAAGAGCUGGAUGUCCCUCUUUAUAUCCAUCCUGCUUGGGCCAGCGAGACCCAAUUAGAGCAUUACCGCGGCAAUUUCGACGACUCCAUUGCUGUCACUCUGAGCGCGUUUGGAUGGGGAUGGCACUCUGACACCGCGUUAUGCUUCUUGAAGCUCUAUGCAAGUGGUCUUUUCGACCGUUUUCCGAGGCUGAAGAUUGUCAUCGGCCACAUGGGUGAGAUGCUUCCGUUCCAGCUUGAUCGAGUGAUCAAAAUGUCUCGGAGAUGGGGAAGAAAGCGAGGCUUGCAGGACAUUUGGCGAGAGAAUGUUUGGGUUACCACAAGCGGAAUGUUCUCCUUGCCUCCGCUGGCUUGUCUUCUGCAGACCACGUCUAUCGAUCACGUACUGUACAGUGUGGACUAUCCAUUCUCGUCUAAUGAGACCGGACUGGAGUUCGUUGGCAAAAUCAAAGAGAGCGGCUUGCUUAGUGAGGAGGACUUGGAGAAAUUUGCAUUCCGCAAUGCGGAACGAUUACUUCGUAUUACAGCAUGA